GGAAUAAAAUCCUAAUCUAUUAGGGGUGAAUUGAUCUAAGUACAAUUGUUAUUUCGUUCUUUUUUUUUAUUGUUUUUGUUCGGUUUGAAAGGGUAUUUUGUUUUUUGAAACUAUGUAUUUCAUUCUAGUCAGCCAAUGGUUUGCAACUCUAGAUGGGCUUUAAUGCUUUUCUCUAUGGAAAUCGGAACGAGCUUCAUGAUCUUCCAACUAAUGCUGCGGGAUGAUUUGGAGAUUGAUAGUCAGAUAUCGGGCUAUCCUUGGUUGACUUGUGUGGAAGCAUCCAUCCAAGUGCCGCAUAGUCUAUUGCUUCCUUGAAAAAAGCUUAGCCCGUGACACAUGGUAUCAGAGCAUGGUUGAGAAGUGCUAGAGAAUUGAAGAAAUGGCCACGAGUGGUGGAUUCAAUUACCAACAGAUAAUUGAAGAGUUGGAGGUCGCAGUGGCCACUUUAAAAGCUUAUGUGGUGACAAAUGAUCGACUAAGGGAAAUCGAGACAACCCAGCGAGAGUUGUCCGAUACUCUACAUAGCUUGAGUGAGGAGGUUAGAGAUGCCUUGAAUGUCCUCCAAAAAGAGUUUGAUGAGCUUAGAGCCCAAGUGAGUGUUCUACAACUGGCUAUGACUAAAUCAAGUUCUAGCUUGACAGAAAGGGGAAAAAAGGCUAAGGUGCCAAAGCCCCGAUGCUACGAGAGGGCAAAAAAUGCCAAAGAGCUUGGGAACUUUUUGUUUGACAUAAAGUAAUACUUUUAAGUUGUAUGUACUGAAUCAGAGGAAGAUAAGGUUACAGUGGCAUCAAUGUACCUUGUAGGGGAUGCCAAACUAUGAUGGUG